AUGAUUUCGCGCCCGGUGGCUGCGACUCUGGGGUGCUGCGGAUGCCGAGGGGUGAUUCUGAGGGCCGUUGCAUCCAGGCCACUGGCGGGCAUUGGACAAUCGGCAUCGCGGGGAAUCAGACCGGCGGCGAGCUCAGGACUACGAAGUUUUUCGACAAGCCAGCAGUUUGGCACCGCAGCGCGAAAAGACGCUGAAACGAAGCCAACGAUCGAACAACGAAAAAGCGAGGAUGAGAUUGACGAUGAGAUUGUCGACAACGACGAGUCCGCGGAUACACCAUGGUUUCUAGAUGUUCAACCGCCACGACAUGCGCCGCUGCAGCACAUUGCGUCGCUACCCAAAGUACCCGAAGAUGCGCCUCAUUUCCUCGAGCCGAUGAUGAAAUACAUAUACGAAGACAUGGGUUUGGACGAGUUAUCAAUGCUGGAUCUCCGCGACCUUGAUCCACCAGCGGCACUCGGUCCCAAUCUCAUCAUGAUUUUCGGAACGGCGCGAAGUGAGAGGCACUUGCAUAUUUCGGCAGGUCGCUUCGUACGAUGGCUGCGGCGAAACUACCAAGUUGGUGCUCGGGCAGAUGGGCUAAUUGGGCCGGGAGAACUCAAGACGAAGCUGCGCAGAUUAAGGAAGAAAGCGAAGAUGCUGGGGAGCAACACUAUGAUUUUGCCUGGUUCGGAUAAUGGAAUUUCGACAGGCUGGGUCUGCGUCAAUUUCAUGGCGCAUGAGAAUGGAGUACAAGAAGCUUCCAGUUACGACGAGAGUGGCCGAUUUUCAGGGUUUGGUACACCAACGACGGGAACAACAGUGGUUGUGCAAUGCAUGACGGAAUCGAGGCGAAACGAACUUGAUUUGGAAACCCUCUGGAGAGGCAUCCUCAAGCGAAACCUUGAAGAGAUGCAAAAGAUGCCUGACAGCCCUUCUGCUCAUCAGUGGCAAGCUCUUAAGCUAGCUUCUCAACAGCAGCGCCACUUUUCGACCAUGGCCCGACGUCUUCAAGCUCGUACUCAGAGCAGUGAGUCUAGAGCGACUUCAAUGAAUGAUGACGCUCUAGUAACAGAAGAUCAGCCGGGUAGCCCUUCGUUUGAUCUGAGUGCACUGCGGCGACAUAUCCAUGACUUUCAAGUGGCCGGAAGCCCCGUGAGUCGCGAAACUUUGCAAAGCCUCAUUUCUGCAGUAUUUCGGGCUGAGCUAACAGAGGAAAACACUGCGUCAGAACGACUUGCUCUGGUGGACCAGCUCAAUCUCGUGGCGGAGGAGCGUGGGCUCUCGGUCAUGUCCAAAGACUGGCUAAUCGCCCUCAUUGAGUCCAUCGCCAUGUCUCCGGCAUAUGGGCCGGAGCUGCAGCGGGCACAGAAGAAUGUAGAGUUUCUCCUAUCCACCAGGCAAAAGUCUGCGUUGAAAAAUAGCGAGAUCCUGCGACUCAUGGCGGCGUACGCGCACCGGUCAGAGUGGGAAAAGUUUUGGGACGCAUUUCGCUCACCUGCUCGAUUUCAAUUGCCGCGGUCGCCAGAACUGUACGAGUUUGCUUACCGCGUGCUGGCGGCUACUGGAGAUCGGAAGCUGUGCACUGAUGCUCUACGUUGGGUGUAUCCCGAAAUGCUCAAGGAGGAGCCCAAAGUAUGGCCUAUUGGGCCGCUAUACGUGUCAUUAAAGGCAUGUAUCCUAGUUGCAGAUCCUGCUGCUGAGAGCCUACUGCAUCACCCUCCGCCUCAAGAUUCGCUGGACCUGUUUGGCCAGCGGCAAUUGGUACAUAGGGAAUUCUUGCGCGUUUUGCGGGAGGUUGAGAACCUACGACACCAUCAUGCUGGAGAACAGGCGAGAGAGCAGAGGGCACAGACACUUCGCAAGUUGUCGGGACAGAUGCCGUCCAAUCAAAAUUAG